CCCGCAGCUCCGCCAGCGGAGGCUGCACCGCACCACACGCCCUGCCCGCCUCUGCCCGCUUCUGCCCGCACCGGACACAGGUACCAACACCUCCCAGACACGAUGGGCUGCCAGGAGACCGAGUACCUGGACGAGCACGGGAAGUGUGUGCCUUGCAGGAGCUGCAUGCCUGGGCAGGAGCUCUCCAAGGACUGUGGCGAUGGUGUGGGGGGGGAUGCGCAGUGCGUUGCUUGCCCUCCCAGGAAGUUUAAGGACAGCUGGGGCCAUCAUGGCUGCAAGCCCUGCCUGUCCUGCGCCCUCAUCAACCGCAUCCAGAAGUCCAACUGCACGGUGACAGCCAACGCGGUGUGCGGGGAGUGCCUGCCAGGGUUUUACCGUAAGGCACGGCUCAGUGGGCAGCUGGACUGGGAGUGCAUCCCCUGUACCAAGCAGACACCCUCCUCCGAGCCCCAGUGUCGGUCCAGAACAAACCUGGUGAAAGUGGCAGUCCCCACCGUGCCGCCACAGGACACAGCCCUGCUUGCUCUGACCAGCAGUGCCCUGGUCAUCAUCGUGCUGGUGCUUCUGGCCCUCUCCAUCAUUUACUGCAAGCGGUUCUGGAAGAGCCAGUGCCAGCGAGUCUUCCUGCGGACGCAGAACUUCUCAGGCCAGCGCGCAAUGGUCCCCACCUCAGCAGUGCCCGGCAGGUUUCUAUGUGAGGAGCAGAUGUCCGGUCCCUGCUGCCUGGGCAUGAAGAACCUCAGCCCCUGCUACAGGCAGACAGAAGGCCCAGUAGAAGCGGUUCAGUUCAUUUCAGAGGGAGAAGCCAUCGGUCUCCAGCUGCCACCUGCCCAGCCUGAGCUGGAGCUGCCACCGGCCGUGGCGGGCAGCCCUGUGCCCAAGGGCCAGCUGGCCAGGAGCGGCCUGGAGAGCCAGCCGCUAAUGCGGGGCUGUGCUGAGCGCCGGGCCACCGCCAUGGCCACCUCCGACCUCAGGUCGGGCCCAGCAGAAGCCCUGGCCCCGCUCUCCUCCUGUGCCUCUGAGAUGCAGCACAAGUGGCCGCACACCCCGGUGGAGUGCACCGAACUCGACCUGCAGAAAUUCUCCUCCCAGAUGGAGUUUGUGGGCAGUGAGCGGUCAGAGCAGGCGGGGAGCCAGGCAGCCCCCAAGGAGAGCGGCAGCGCGGCACUGGAGGCCGGCAGCGGGCUCAGCAUGGGCCCGGCGAGGGACGUGUCCACUGCCAUGCAGAGCCCUGCCAUGCAGAGCCCUGCUGCCGAGAGCAGGGAGCGGCAGGUGAAUGAUGCCCAGAGCCUUGUGACUCAGAUCAGCAGUACAAUGAAGGGUCUCCCUGUUGCAGAUCUGCCCCAUUCCUUGGUACAGUCACUCGCUUUCUUGUUAGACCCUUCCUUGAACGGCGUGAAGAACUUCAGCCACGUGGCUCUGGAGCUGGGAGUCAUGCCUCAGUUGCUGGGCCGGAUUUCUGGAUUUGAGCAGCUCGUCGCUCACCUCACCUACUCGGGAGACACCGUCACCAUCCCUCGGCUGGCCCAGGCUCUGCAGCGGCUGCAGCGCUUCGACGCCCUGCUUUUGCUGUGCGACCACUUUGCUCUCAGCCAGAUCCAGGGCCGCCAGUGCUAGGAGAAGUCAGGGAAGGGACAGAGGAAACUGCAAGCACUGUGUGUACUGGUACGGGAGAGGAUCUGGUAGCCCUGUGGUCACGUCAUCUCUCUAAUGUGCAUGUGGGAAGUAUAUGGAGAUGGUCUUUGCAUUGUGGAAUAGAAGCAUGCAAGGAGGAGCAUCCUUCCUAGGUGAAGAGCAGAGGAGCUGGGGAGGUGACAGCACUGCAUUCUCACAGCUCUCACUCCUGGGGAGGUUGUGCUCGGCUCCUGCAGUUCUUUUUUCUUCAGCUGUACUUACUCCCAUGUCCAGCAGUAUAGCAAUGUCACAGUUGCUGUGCCUGUUGGUGGGUAGUAAGCCCAGUUCUUUGCAAGCUGUUGGCUUUGGGAUCAGUUCUGUGAGGUCCUUGGUCAUGGCAGAUUGUCUUCCCAGCUCCUUCCUCUGCCUGAGCAACAAGCCAUAGGGGUCUCUGGAGGCCUCAGGGUGUCUUCCACACCAACAGUGCUGAUGUUUGCUGGCUUCUCCUCAGUUGUGUACUGCUCACUGACAGGGCCAACAAUCACUUCUCUCCCAUUCCAGUUUUUCAGAACUUUUUCCUUUGGCCCCUACUUUGUUUUUCUGGAUUCCUGUUCCUACUUUGAGUUGAAUCUCUGUUCUCUGUAUUUUGCUCUCUGUGCACUGGAGAUGCAGAUCCUGGAGGAGGACCUGCAUGACCAUCACUGUGUGGCUGGGAGUCACACAGUCAUUCUCAGUGGCACUGCAGCAUUUGGCGUGUUUAAAUUCAUUUCCUUUACUUGAAGAGGUACGGUUUUCUUAAAGGAGUACAGUUUUCUUAAAGUACCGGAAUACUUUGAUGUGGGUUUGUGUUGGAUGCAGCGCUGUGCUGCUCCCUGCCCAGGGCAGUGUGUUUGCUCCCCAGUCUGCUGGUGACCACCUGUGCUGUGCAGUGCAUCCACCUGCUGCCCGCUCGGUGUGGCUCCAGCAUUGCUGUGCGGUGCAGUGGAGUGCCAGAGGCCGGGACCCUGCACUGCCUUCUGCAGCACCGCAAGGUGCAGCUGGUGCUCGGCUGCUGCCAGGCACGUUGGGCCGGCUGUAGGCCGAAGCUCGUGACCGGGACUGCAGUGUGGGGAGUGCUGGAGUCCCUGUGCAAAUCACAGCAGAGCAGGCUUGUUUUAAGUUGGUGGGGGUUUUUUGGUGGUUUUUUUUUUUCUGAGUUAAUUUUCUCAUUUCUGGAAGUAGCUGUUAGGGAGGGAACACCCUUCCACAUUUAAUUUGCUCCUGAUGGAUUUGUCAGGGCUUGCAGCCAUUUGCCUGUGUGAGACUCCCUUUGAGUUUAGGCGCAGUGCUAUGGGGCAGCUUGCAGGGCUGGUGGCUGCCCCCGUGCUCUGUACUGCCCGCAUCAGGGGCUUCCAGGGAGCCUUCCAACAAGUGGGGUUUGUGUCCCACAGCGGAGUGACUUUCAGCAGGACGCCGUGCCCUGCCUCAGGCAGCAGUGCCCACACAAGUCCGUCGCUCCAGGAUUUUUGUGGAGGGCAAAUCCCAGCACAGCAGGUGGGGAGCGGCCCUGCGGGGGAGGACGGAAUGCAGGGCCCCGUCAGCUGGGGGAGAUGCCCGGCACGCGCCCAGCCCCGCCGUGGCGGGGAUGCCUGUCCCAGCAGGGAUGCCUGCACUGCUGAGGUCACGGCGCGGCAGCUGAGCGGUGCUGGUGGGACCUCACCUCCCUGGCUGUGCUGUCUGAGCCGUCGCUCAGCUUCUCUGAGCUGAGAUCUUUGUGCUGUGCCCGGCUCCAGUAGGUGCUACGACACCAGGCUGGGAGCUGGUUGCCGCAUGGUGGGCAGGAGGUGUCAGCCCAGAGUGCACUGCCAAUUGCACCAGGACAACGUGGUGCUGAGCUGUCUGCUCUGCCCAAGUGUGCAUGCGUGUGUCUUGGUGCCUGCACCUUGUGAGCUCGGAUCUUGAGCAUCUCAGUGCUUUGACCAAACCGUGCUGUGAGUUGUUAAACCCAGGGAUUUGGGCAGCAAGGUGACCUUGAGGUGCUGAUGGGAGGCCUUAUGCUGGUGCUCACUGAGCCAGGACAGCACCCAAUCCUGCUGGAGAUCAGUGGGAAGUGCCUUUAGGUCAAGGUUUCUCCAGUGAUAUACCGGGGAAAAUGAGCCUGUCUUGUUUCUCCCCUCUUUCUACACCAUUUUGUGCCUGCUGAGUCCAUUUCCUUGCCUGACUUUCUCCCCUUGCCCUGAUCUUGCUGCUUGUACCAAUUGGUUCUGGUGGACAACUCGGGCCUUUUCUGUCCUUCCUGGUGCUGCUGUCUCCUCGCAGCUGCUGCUCACAGCCAGAUGGCUGUUGGUCUGAGUGCCUGUGCCCCUGGGCCUGUGGGACAAGCUUGCUGCAUGCCAUGUCCCUGUUGAAGGCUGCAGCUGGCUCUGAGCGCUGCGUCCCCCCCCUCUGGCUGGCUGUGCUGUCCCUGGCCGCUCCAGCGGUGCGGUGGCUGCCAGCAAGUGGCACUGUUCCACUGCCGGGGCAUCCCCAGGCUCUGCUUCUUCUUAUCUGACCACGGUGCUUGGAAAAAGUGCACGACUUUCUGGGAACACAGCCCUCCCUCAGUUCUGCCCAACAACAGUAUUAAUAGAUGUUCUGGUUUGGUUUUUUCCUCCUUUUCUCUUGUUAAAGGCUGUUAAGAUUUGAACGUGCUCAGGAUGUGGUCAGAUAACAGGAGGCAUGGGCAGCUCUACUGGAUGUACCAUUUUGUCUCCCGCUGUUUAUAUCUUCCAGAGCUGUGGUUGUUUCAUUGUUCUUUCUUUGUGAGAACCAGAGAUGUCAGUCAGACCUGGCACCCUUUUUGGCUGAGGCUAACCAGGCUCUGGGGAUGUGCUUGUUCUGUUGCAGAGCCAUCAGGGAAAGCGUUUCUGGUGCAAACACAGUGCAGGGACCCGGGGCUAAACUUUUUUUCUUCAUCCGAGAUUCAUCUACAGCAAGGAUGGAGUAUUGGAUUAAUUGCUUGACAGAAUCAAAUAUUUAGUCUCUGUGGACGCACUUCACAACGAUGAGGUCACCUGUUUGAGCAGGAGCGAUCACGCGGCUGAGAUAUCAGCUGUGGCUCUGGAGGUGAAGCCGGGCUGGUGCCUCACACUGUGCCUCAGGAGCUCCUUUCUCUGCCCGCUGGUGGGGACCAGGCUGUGGCUGCUGCACUGCACCGCUGCCGUGAAUUAGGAACAGAGCAGUUAAUGAGAGCACAGCAGUGCGUGCUGCAGAGCCUCACAGGGACAGUGGCUUCUGUCCCUCAUGCCCUCCUUGGGCAUUUCUGCUGACGUAGGUGGGCUCUGGACAGAAAAAGAUUUGUUCGUUUUUUCCUUCUUCAAAGAAAUCAGCCCCAUUCUCAUGAUAGUUUUUAAGGGGAACUUUGAUAUUUAGCUGUGUGAUGCCUGAGCAGUAUUGCUCACGUUCAGAACCUACCUCUGCCGCGGUGCUGAGGAGGCGGCACGCAGGGCCGGUCGCCGCAUUUUAGCUGUUCUAACUUUAUAGCUGUUCACUGUGCUCGCUGCCCCGGUCCAGCUGGGGCCCACUCAGAGCUGCUGUCACUGUGAGCCGCCGCGGGCGGUGCUCCAUGUCUGCCGCAGUGCUCUGCCAUAGGGCUGCCCAUGGCCGCCAUCAGCCUGCGCUGGCAGCGGGCUCACAUCAGCCGCAGUCACGCAGGCACGUUGUCAGAGCCUGCAGGGCUGCUCCUCACUGCCCGGCUGAAGCCCUCAGAAGAGAGGGACCACAGGAGCCCAAAGAUGGGGCCAUGAGUCUGCAGCUUGGACGUGGGCAGAUGGCAGCCAUUGCUGGGCAGGUGGGCGAGCGUGGAUUUCAUUAGCUGGGAACCCAUAGGCUUGAUACUUGACUUCUGAUUUUUCUCCUUAAUAGUAUUUUCAGCACAACAAUUGGAAUGUAAGGGAAACAAGUUCCCAUAGCGCUGGAUCUUGCGUUUCAACUUCAGGAAGCUGCUGGUGCCAAGCUGGCACGGCUCAAUGAAAGUUGAAAGAAAUAAAAUAAUUCAGCAUCUGUGCAAACUUUAGUUGGAACUGAACAAUGGAAACACUCUUGGGCAGUGGAUUUCUGCAACGAGCAAUUGUUCUGACACCAGGCUUGUCUGGAAGUCUGAUCUACAGGAAGAAUUUACACGAUGGGUUUCAGUCCAGUGCUGUUCAGAAAGUUCCUAAGCACACUUAAAAAAUAGGCAUGUACAUAAAUCCUAUUAAAGUGAACAAGUAAUUAGUGCAUCCUUGGGUGCUAUUCCUGAGCAGGGUGCGUAUGAGAAUUGUACCUUCACUGUGCUGUCCCGUGAGCAGGCAGCGCUGCAGAAAGCUGUUUGAUCAGCAUGGGCACACUUUCAGAAGUCUGCAAGUGCUAAGGAGAGAUGCACCACGGUUUGUUUAGAUGACUUAACAUUGCAGAUUCUGGUGCUUUUCUGAAAAUAAAUAAUGUUCUAUAGCCAUGGUUUACCUCUAGGAAUACUUGUUAAUUUUUAUGGGAGGUGUUAUUUCAGUUGUGAAUGGGUUAUUUAUAUUUUUGUAAAUCCUACGUCAUUAGCAUUAUAAUUCUGAAGCUUAGUUGUUUCCAUUGUUGGCUUUUUGGGGGAUGUUGUCUGUAUUCAAAUGAAACAGCAGCUGAAGCUCUUAAGUUUUUGUUAAAUACGGGGUGUUUGUUCCCCACAUUCCACCCAGACGCAGUGCUGUGUACAUGUAGUUAAAUAAAUCCCAGAGGUGGAGGUGCUCGGUGAGUUUUCAUUGAGCUGUGCAGGGCUGGGUGAGGUGCUGUGUGGGGCUCGUGUGUCCCCAGGCGUGGGGAUGGGAGGGCAGCAAACAGCCCCCAAACGCUGCCCAAAGAGCCGCGCUCUGCAGCUUCGCCGAGGAGCGGUUGUUCUUCCAGCUCCAUAAUUACAGCCCUCAUUAAGUCUGUUCAUGCCCCUGCACUUGGUCUGCUCUUUAAAAUAAUUACUAGAAUGAAGGAUAUGGUUUUCUGUUUUAAUUAAAGCUAUUAUACUUGCCCAAA